AGAUCCCAAUAGUGACGGCGGCGGCGGCAGCAUCCUUCCCUCUUUCCUUCUCUGCCUGCCCGCCUCCCUCUCUUCCCAUCUGCUCCUGGCUGCUCCGGGCCAAGAGGGGAGGCGAGCAGAGGAGGGAGGGAGGCCAGGGCCAGGGCUGGGCCCCCCCCCCUUGUCUGAGUGGGGACCCAGAGCCACCAGCCCUGCGCACCCAGCGCCCGGCCCCCCCACCCCGAGAGCAUCUCCAAAGACAAAGAAGGAUUCAUGUCCAAAGGCUUUGCAGAGAACAGGACUGACGUGACCAUGUCGGAGCUGGUGGCUGAGCCCAGGCCCAAGCCGGCGGUGCCCAUGAAGCCCCUUGGCAUCAGCUCCAACCUCCUGGGCUACAUUGGCAUUGACACCAUCAUUGAGCAGAUGCGGAAGAAAACCAUGAAGACGGGCUUUGACUUCAACAUCAUGGUUGUGGGUCAGAGUGGGCUGGGCAAGUCGACCCUCAUCAACACCCUCUUCAAAUCCCAAGUGAGUCGGAAGUCGGCAAGUUGGAAUCGGGAGGAGAAGAUCCCCAAGACGGUGGAGAUCAAGGCCAUUGGGCACGUGAUAGAAGAAGGCGGAGUCAAGAUGAAGCUGACGGUCAUCGACACCCCAGGCUUUGGAGACCAGAUCAACAAUGAAAACUGCUGGGAGCCCAUCGAGAAGUACAUCAAUGAACAGUACGAGAAAUUCCUGAAGGAGGAAGUGAACAUCGCGAGAAAGAAGCGGAUUCCGGACACGCGGGUCCAUUGCUGCCUCUACUUCAUCUCUCCCACGGGACACUCCCUGAGACCCCUGGAUCUGGAGUUCAUGAAGCAUCUCAGCAAAGUGGUGAACAUCGUCCCCAUCAUCGCCAAAGCCGACACCAUGACCUUGGAGGAGAAGAUGGAAUUCAAACAGAGGGUCCGGAAGGAGCUCGAGGUGAAUGGCAUCGAGUUUUACCCGCAGAAGGAGUUUGACGAGGACCUGGAAGACAAGACGGAGAAUGACAAGAUCAGGCAGGAGAGCAUGCCCUUCGCCGUGGUUGGAAGCGACAAGGAGUAUCAGGUCAAUGGCAAGAGAGUCCUCGGUAGAAAAACCCCCUGGGGAAUCAUUGAAGUGGAAAACCUCACCCAUUGUGAGUUUGCCUUGCUCAGAGACUUUGUUAUCAGGACCCACCUCCAGGACCUUAAGGAAGUCACCCACAACAUCCACUACGAGACCUACCGGGCCCGGCGGCUCAAUGACAACGGCGGCCUGCCCCGGGAGAAGGUGUCCUUCCACCAGCGCCAGCAUCCCCCUGCCCCGCCACCACCUCCGAGUGAAGGUCAUUUCCAGGCUGCUCCUCCUCCCCCUACUGUCCCCCCACCCCAGCUGCUCACCCUUCCGGGACAAGGUCUCUUUAGUGUUCUGCUCGUCCAGCCAGCUGUCCGCCUGACACGCUCUGCCCACAGCGAGAGGGAGAAGGGGGGUGAGCACCAUCCUGCCUCCCCGCGAAGGUCCCUCUGGUGACCUAGCUCUUGGUCUAGCCACCUGUCCUGGGCCAACACCCUCACCUGCUCCCUCUCCAGCUUCUGCAAACCCAUAGCCAACCACUCAUCAUCUCCUCUAGGGGAAAUGGCACCAAAGCCCCCUCCUCCCCCAGGCUUCAUGGGCUGCUCUUCUGGACCCCGUGAGCCAGGAGAGCAUCACUUCUGGCUUGUCACAUCCAGGUGUGAGCCCCAGCAUGGGGGGGGGGGCGCGGAACAACCGAGACCUCACCCACCUUGGUCAUCACGGGGCUGGAAGGUAUGUCAGGCUUGGCUGGCCCAGAGUGUGUGAACACCCUCCCCCUCCCCAUCCUCCCUCCCAUGAUGAGAAGUCCAGGAGGAGAUGAGUGACCCGAAAGGGCAUUUCUGAAGUUGAUUUUUCUCUUUAUCCUUAACUCAAAAAAAAAAAGUUUAGGAAGCCCGUGAGAUGUGAAGUCUAAGAUAAAGCUUUCCCCAGCCCCAUCUCCGUCCCUUAGCAAUAAGAGGAGAUGUCAUCUGUCCAUCCCUUUUUGCCGCACCCUGAGCCCCUGUUAAUGUGAGUAAUGAAUCUGCUUGGCCGCAGAUGGGCCGCAGGCCUAUAGCAGUCUGAGGCCCGAUGCAUGAAUGUUGUGUGUGAAUGUUGGCUGACACUGCCGUCCAUACUGGGUCUGCAGCUGGGCACGGCCCGGACCGCUGAACACUGGGGACCCAGACAGAGGCCUGAGCCCAGGCCCCCUUCCGGCUGUCCCCUGUCUUGGCCACCUGGCGGUGACGGGAGAGAAGAAUCUCCUUCCACGGGCACCAGCCCUGAGCCAAGACAAGCCACCGAACACACACCGGGUGUAGACUUUAACUUUCUAUGUAUUGUUUAAUUCAACAAGACUUUGCUGUUUGAACAAGA